AUGAAAGUUGAAAUUAAUUGGCAGGAUGCAGACUCUUCAUCUGCUAAAGGGUUUAGGUAUUCAUUUUCCAAUGAACAGGAGUCAAGGGUGAUGUUAUGUGGGGGUCAUGUGGGUCGGGCACAUGGAAAGAAGUUGGAAGAAAUUAAAGGAAUGUCAACCUUCACCCCCGCAUUUAUAGCCUUGCAUAAAUCUAAAUUUCCUGGUAUUGAAUCAGUGAAAUGCUCUUGUGCGGGCAAAAAACAUACCUCUGCUGCUACAAGGAACAAACCUGUUUGUGGUUGUAUUGGACCUGGAUUCAUUCAGAAAGCCAAGCGUAAUCACUACUGCGCACUAGUUCAGGCUGGUUGUAGCCCUGAGAAGUACAGAGACACAAUGUUGGUACUUGGCAAAUACCACAGCAGGGAUAUUCAUGAAUGGGAAGGGUGCUCUUGCUCCUUGCAUCCAUUAGUAAAGUGUUUGUGCAAGGAAUGUGUUGAGGAUGAAAAUGGGUUUUACCCUGAUAUGAAAUGCCAAGGACAGCCAUAUUGCUCUGCUCACCCCCUGAAAUGUCAAUUUCAUGGGUUAGCCUAUGACAUAGAGUGUGCUGAGAGGGCAAAAAAUGCAAAAAGUGUCAUUGACCCAGAAUUAGGUAAAGGGCACUCCAACCUUCCUGAGGCAACAAAUAGAAAUUUAUUUAUCACAAAAGAGUUAUAUAGAGAGAGAGUUUUAUUUAUCAGAGAAAGAAUUAUAUCUAUUGAUGGCCAGUGGCGAUCAGAAAGACUGGUCAAGAAGUCGUCACGAACUUCGUGGCUCGGGAAGCGCUUCAAGAAUUCGCCUGAACACUGGACUGCUUGAAGAAGCUGGGUGGAAAAUCUUGUCUCGCGAAUCUGGAAAUCAAGAACACUUAACGUACGUGGAUCCAGAGGGUAAGAAAUUCAAGAGUUUGAAAGACAUAGAAUGGCAACUAGAGGCUGAUGGAAUACUCAAUCAAUUUGUGAGGGAGAAUAGCUCUGAACUCGCCAGCAAAGUGUCCUCCACAAGCAAAGAUUGCGCGGAAGAUUCUGAUGAAGAUUACAAACCACCACUGAAAAAACAACUACUGAAGGUCAUGUCAAAUCUGGGUGAGUAUUUUCUCUGGUCGCUUGUAGUAAUGUUCCGUUUUCCUUUACAUAAAAUUCAAACAUUUGAAGUGAUAUUUUAACAUUUCAUGAUUUACAUUUUAUUUUGUCAAAUUGUCAACUCUUUCUUCACAUGGAAAGAAACCUUAAAAUUUCCUGGUAUUGAAUCAGUGAAAUGCUUUUGUGCGGGCAAAAAACAUACCUUUGUUGCUACAAGGAACAAACCUGUUUGUGGUUGUAUUGGACCUGGAUUCAUUCAGAAAGCCAAGCGUAAUCACUACUGUGCACUAGUUCAGGCUGGUUGUAGCCCUGAGAAGUACAGAGACACAAUGUUGGUACUUGGCAAAUACCACAGCAGGGAUAUUCAUGAAUGGGAAGGGGGUUCUUGCUCCUUCCACCCAUUAGUAAAGUGUUCGUGCAAGGAAUGUGUUGAGGAUGAAAAUGGGUUUUACCCUGAUAUGAAAUGCCAAGGACAGCCAUAUUGCUCUGCUCACCCCCUGAAAUGUCAAUUUCAUGGGUUAGCCUAUGACAUAGAGUGUGCUGAGAGGGCAAAAAAUCCAAAAAGUGUCAUUGACCGAGAAUUAGGUAAAGGGCACUCCAACCUUCCAGAGGCAACAUUUAGUGUGCUAACUAAAUUUAGGGCCAAGGAUACUAAUUUGCAUCAAAAACAUUAUCAAGCCUCCACAAAUCUGGGCCUCUUUCAAAGUAAUAUGUCCUGGCUGUUCAAAGAGAAGGGGGCUCAGUACCACUGGAUUGUGGAUUUGUAUCCACGGAUGGGACUCCCAAUUCUUAGCGAAAUACAAGAAAUGGUAAGUUAUUACAAAAAAUAUAGAUUUUAAUUGUAGAAGUUAAAAGUUUAGAGGUGGUGGGCAGUUUAAAACAUUUCAGGUUUCAUUGGCUUUUGUUUCUUUAGUAUGUUCAGCAUCACGUUUUGUGUAUUUCUCCUGACUGACUAAAUUUUAUGGAAUAAUAUUUUUUGCCCCAUUUUACAAUACUUGGUUUUUUUGCUUUUCUAGUGUCAACAUGACAAUGAAGAAAGAAUGAAAAGGCUGGAAUGA